UAUAAGAAUUCGUAUUAAAACAUUCCUUUAACUUCAAAUUUGAAAUAGUCAUAAAUUGAACAUGGAUAACAUCGUAUACUCAUAUAUCAAAAUACGUAAAAAUUUUGGGAAACAACCCAUGUUUAGUGAAGUUCCCAGUCAUAUGAUAGAUUCUAUUAAUCCAAAUAAAAGGGAACAAAAACAAUAUAUUUUAAGAAAUCCGGUUAAUCACGAGACUCAGGCUUCUGUUUGUCAGUCUGAGGUGUAUAUUAAUACAAAAAGAAUUAUUCUUCACAAUGAAGGCGUUAAUCAUGCUGAAGGAGGUUGGCCUAAAGAUAUUAAUUUUGCAGACGAAGAACUUACUUCUCGAUAUCGUCGACGUAUAGAACGUGAUGAUACUUACGUAGAUGCUGUAAUGAAUCUAUACCCUACAUUUGAGCAUUAUAUAAAUCAAAACAACGCAAUAGAAAUGUAUGAUCUAUUCUUUAAAGAAAUGGUACCAGAACUACCAGUGGAAAGAUCAUAUAUUCGUACUAAUAACAUAUAUAAAGACCCCAGUAGCCGUCGAAUUGCUUCUAUCAGUUGGACACACGAAGAAGAUUCAAAAUUAGUUAUAGCUUACUGCAACAAAAAGUAUCCUGUGAAGGUACCUUUGAAUAACAAUCUGCAAUGUUACAUAUGGAAUAUAGAGAAUCCUCUUUAUCCAAUGGCUGAAUUCUUACCCCCAGUUGCAUGUUGGCAAGCAGUAUGUUCUCCUAUUCAUCCUUCUAUUAUAGUUGGAGGUUUAGAAGAUGGUACGGUAUGUGUUUUUGAUAUUCGUGUUAAAUGUGUACCAAAUAUAAUAAGCCCUACACAUUUAGCACAUCGAGACCCAGUAUCUUCAGUUUUAUAUAUUCAAUCACGACUGAAUACCGAAUUCUUUAGUGGUUCGUCUGACGGAAAGUGUAUGUGGUGGGAUAUUAGAAAUAUAUCAACGCCAAUAGAUUCAUUAAUAAUGUCUGUUUGUAUCCCUCCAGGAGAAAAAAUAAGCUUAGCGAAUGCUGAAGGUGUAAGUUGCUUACAAUACGAAAGAAGUUUCCCAACGAAAUUUCUAUGUGGAACUGAUACUGGAAUGGUUAUAAACGUUAACCGCAAGGGAAAAUCUCAUCAAGAAAAAAUGAGUGCUAUAUACCACGCGCAUAAUGGACCUGUAAAAGCCAUACAUCGAAGUCCUUGUACUUCAAAAAUAUUUAUAACUUGCGGUGAUUGGACUGCUCAUAUUUGGAGUGAUGAUAUUCAUAUUUCCCCUAUAAUAUUUGGGAAAAGUCAUCGCUAUCAAAUAUUAGAUGUAGUAUGGGCUCCGCAAAGAGUUUCAAGUUAUAUGUCUGUAAGCGCAGACGGGAAAUUUCGAUAUUGGGAUCUUUUACGCAGACACCAUGAUCCUAUUAUUACAUUGCCAAUAUCAAAAUAUCCUUUGUUGAAAAUAAAACCACAAGAAGAUGGACGAUUAGUUGCAAUAGGAGAUACAAAGGGAUCCACAUCACUACUAUCAUUUUCGGAUAAUUUGAUUUUAUCUGGUGAUAGGGAUAAGCAGUUAAUGUUGCAGAUGUUUGACAGAGAGACUCGACGUGAACAUAUAUUGGAGACACGAGUGAAAGAAAUCCGUUUGAAAUUAAAAACGGAAGAUGAAGCAGGUUCUGCACCUUUAGGAGUUGUCGAUGAAGAUGCUUUUAUUAAGACGACUGAAGAUGAAUAUAGAAGAAUUGUACAGGAAGAAAUGCGACGAACGGGUAUUGUUUUUUUAUCAGGUACUAAAGAUUCCAAAAUGAGGAAACGUUAAAUGAGUCACCUUCGUGAAAGUUUUUAAUAAUAACUAUCCUUUGUGUCUUUGUAUUGUUUUGUAUGU